AUGUCAACUGGCGUGAAUACACCAUUCUGGAUGCCGGCUCUCUUUGUGAUCGAGCCUCCGCCCGGUCUCAGUCCAACGCACUAUCUGGGAACCUUGGGCAACACUGGCCUCACAGCUUAUUAUGGCUUGGUUAUUGUCGGUGAAGCUCGCAAGAGUGAUAGAAUUGUCGUGUCUGGAGCUGCAGGCGCAACUGGAAGCAUGGUGGUACAGAUUGCAAAGAAGAUUGUUGGUGCCACCCAUGUGAUUAGCAUUGCUGGGAGUGAUGAAAAAUGCCGCUGGGUUGAAGAAUUGGGUGCUGAUAAGUGCCUCAACUACAAGUCGCCCCAUUUCGAACGCGACCUCUACGAGGCAACCAGUGCCGGGGUUGAUCUCUUUUACGAUAACGUAGGUGGGAGCAUUUUGGACAUGAUGCUUGCUCGCAUGUCGAGGCAUGGCCGCAUUGCUGCUUGUGGAGCAAUCUCGGAGUACAAUACUAGCAAUCCCUGUGUUCUCAAGCACUACUUUCACAUAAUAUCCAUGAGGCUACAGAUCAGAGGGUUCAUCCUAUUCGACUAUCCUCCUGCCGAAGCCCUGGAGGUGCAGAAUCUUCUUCAGCAAGCCAUUGUGGAUGGUAAGCUCAGUGUCUCGGAUGGAAAUGAGACCAUCGUCUCGACGACGUUCGAAGACGUGCCAAGGACAUGGCUGAGACUGUUCGAUGGGAAUAAUACGGGAAAGCUAGUCACGAGACUAGUGGAAUGA